CCCUUACUGUGAAUGAAAGCGGAUGCUCAGGUAUAUUUCAGCCACAGUUGCUUUCCAGCGGCCGCCAGCAGCUUCUAGAGGAGCUCUCUGUCCAGACCAGAGGACCUGAACCUGAAGGGAGAAGGAAACCAUUCUCAUCAGCCAUGGCGACUAUAGGAGAUUUCGAUCCUUUAAACUCUACCGUCCCUGCCACUAAAAUCGAGGUGACCGUAUCCUGCAGAAACCUGUUGGACAUGGACACCUUUUCCAAAUCAGAUCCAGUGGUCAUAUUGUACGUUCAAGCUCUUGGUACUAAGGAGUGGAGAGAGUUCGGUCGGACUGAAGUGAUUGAAAACACGCUGAGUCCAGACUUUGUGAGGAAGUUUGUUCUGGACUACUUCUUUGAGGAGAAACAAAACCUUCGUUUUGACGUGUACAAUGUGGACAUGAGGAGCUGCAACCUGUCCAAACAUAAGGACUUUCUGGGUCAGAUAUUUUGCACUCUCGGAGAGUUCAUUGGUUCCCCUGGCAGCAGGCUGGAGAGGACGCUCUCAGGAAUCCCUGGUAAGAAGUGUGGAACCAUCAUCUUCACAGCCGAAGAGCUCAGCAACUGCCGGGACAUAGCCACCAUGCAGUUCUGUGCCAACAAGCUGGAUAAAAAGGAUUUCUUUGGCAAAUCGGAUCCUUUCCUCGUCUUCUACCGGAGCAAUGAAGAUGGAACGUUUACCAUCUGCCACAAAACAGAGGUGAUCAAGAAUAAUCUCAACCCUGUGUGGCAGCCAUUCAUCAUUCCGGUUCGAGCGCUCUGUAACGGUGACUACGACAGGACAGUGAAGGUGGACGUUUAUGACUGGGACAGAGAUGGAAGUCACGACUUCAUUGGAGAGUUUACCACCAGCUACAGGGAACUCUCCAGAGGCCAAAGCCAGUUCAACGUCUAUGAGGUUUUGAAUCCUAAAAAGAAAGGCAAGAAGAAGAAAUAUGUCAACUCAGGAACGGUGACUCUGCUGUCUUUUAAAGUGGACUCCGAGCACACGUUUGUCGACUACAUCAGAGGAGGAACACAACUGAACUUCACAGUGGCAAUAGACUUCACUGCAUCCAACGGUAAUCCAUCCCAGCCCACCUCCCUGCAUUACAUGAGUCCAUACCAGAUGAACGCGUACGCCAUGGCCCUGAAGGCUGUGGGGGAGAUCAUUCAGGAUUACGACAGUGACAAGCUAUUCCCCGCUUAUGGCUUCGGGGCUAAACUACCUCCAGAUGGCAAGAUUUCACACGCUUUUCCUCUGAACUCCAAUACAGGAAAUCCAAACUGUGUGGGGAUUGAAGGAGUACUAGAGGCUUACUUUCACACGCUGCGAACUGUUCAGCUGUACGGCCCAACCAACUUUUCUCCUGUCAUCAACCAGGUGGCUCGAUGUGCUGCAGAAGUAACGGACGGCUCACAGUACUUCGUGCUGCUGAUUAUCACAGAUGGCGUCAUCUCAGACAUGGCUCAGACUAAAGAAGCAGUGGUCAAUGCUGCGUCUUUGCCCAUGUCUAUAAUCAUAGUGGGAGUGGGCCCUGCUGAGUUUGACGCAAUGGAAGAGCUCGAUGGGGACGAGGUCAGAGUAUCCUCCAGGGGACGAUUUGCCGAGAGAGACAUCGUCCAGUUUGUUCCUUUCCGGGAUUACAUCGAUCGGUCGGGGAAUCAGGUCCUCAGUAUGGCUCGGCUGGCGAAGGAUGUACUCGCAGAGAUCCCUGACCAGCUGAUGUCUUUUAUGAAAAAACGGGGGAUUGAACCCCGACCUCCACUGCCCUCCACCUCUGCCCCUCCUUCCCUGACCACCACCACCAGCGGGACCCCGUCUCCUGCUGCCAAGCAAAGCAAAGCUUAUCCCUGACUGAGGGAAGCUAGCAGGGCCAAGCGGAAACCAACCUGAGCUGUUGUGUGUGAGUGGAUGAGUGGACAGGAUGUAAAGCUUUAGGGUUGGGGGGCACAAACUAAGCAGUAAAUGAUUAACUGUUUUCUUUUUUUUUAAAGGUGUGACUCAGUCAGCACCAACAGAACAAUUAGCCAGUGCAGCACAGAAGGCAACAAAUGAAUUACAAACCCCAUAGCUUCACACACUGAGAUCUCAGAGUAGUUUUGUAGAUUUGCUUUAAGUCUGCAGCUCCAUGUUUCCUUCAACAUCCUGCAGAGCUGAGAUGUUGAUUUGUUUAGAGAGCACACUUAGGCAACAGCAAGGAUUCUCUUAUUGUCCUGAUUUUUUUCAUCUCAGGGUAUUUUAAAGAUUAGGGGAAAAUAAAGAAAGACCUGUUUAGAGAAGCAUUGCCCCAUCUGGCCGACAGUUUACAUCCGUCCAUGUUAUCUCUCCCGGAAACUAGAUAACAAAACCAUAAACUGACAAACUUUGUAUUGAUCUAGGUGAAUAUGUAUCUACACCUUCAGGUCUAAAUAAAACUUAGAAGCGUUUUUGUAGCGAAGGAGUGUUGUCCAGUGAAGAGGUGUACUGGUUUGCAUUAAACUGUUGUUUUAAUGCAUCAAACUCUGAUUUUAAACGGCACCAUUUUUACUAUCUACUCUAAAAGCUGUAGUUUGCAGUGUGUAAAAACCCAUAUGAAAGUAAAGGUACUUUUUAUACUAACUUUCCAACAAUCACAGGAUCACAAACACUUUUAGCCAUGCGUACCGUUCAUAGUGUCUGUAGUCAUUUAUUUAUCAAUCUUGAGCUGCAUUUAAGGAGUCUUUAUAAAACAGUUAAGGUUGGAGAAAAGAGAAAUCUUUUUUCAAUAAAUGUUAGAUGGUGGUAGCUUUGGAGGGAUAAGUAGGAGGGAUCUGAUUUGCUUUAAUAUUCUAAAGAUUUUAUGAACCAAAAAACCACAUACAGUAUUUUUACAACUGGGCAAAUUAUCGCCCUUUCUAAUUCCGGACGUAUAAUCAAUGUUUAUACUAAUUAAUCAAUAGUUUUGACCUAACCAUAAUCCUUACAGCUUAAUAUCCAGCAGAAAAAGUGAUUCAGAGCAAAAAAAAAAAAAAAAAAA